AUGGCGGUGGUGGAGAUUUGUAGUCUACCUUGGGGGAAGGAGAGUAGUAUGGUGGAGGUGGUGGGGAGCUGUAGACGUAUGGCGGUGGUGGAGACUUGUAGUUUAUCUUUGGGGAAGGAGAGUAGUAUGGUGGAGGUGGUGGGGAACUGUAGAUAUAUGGUUUUGGAUGUGGUGUAUAUUUAG